AUGUUGCUGUCUUUUGACUAUUUGCAUCCACCGGAACAGCUCCACUAUGCCUCCCGCAGCUCAACCUCGCCAUCGUCGUCCUUCGUGGAGACAGUCACGCGUUUCACACCGCACNGUAGUACCCUAGAGACAGACUUCAAACGCAAGCAGGAACAUGAGAUGCCUGCUGAUGCCGACCAUGAUACUUUCUACUACAAUGCUGCCUUCAUUGUCGAAUGGAUGAUCCCGGCAGACCUCAGACUCCGCUUGCCUGAGUCUCUGAUGACAGAGCUUGACGACUGGCAGGCUGCAGGCGCCGCUGUUUGCACAGCCCUGGCUCGGAUUGAUAAGCUCGAUGACGAAAGUCUUCACCGAGGCUGGCCCUCCAGACCAAACCAACAUCUCUCGCGUACUACGUCUGACUGCUCUGCCAUUGGAUCGCCCCAGUUGCCCACCACAGGCUCUUUCGAGAUAUCCUCUUCCCAGUCGCGACCUGCUCUUUCUUCACUCCAGACAAGUUUUGCCAGCACGUUAUCCACUAGUCCAGAUGUACCACCUUUUACUCCACACGACAGUAUCAUGGGCGAUGAGGUGGAUGACAUCAGUGGAUCGUUUCGCGACAAGGUCAGCCUCGAACAUGUCGACGCCAUGUUGGCUACCAGAGUUCGACGCGCCUCUGAAUCUGCUGGUUCCCCAUCACCACUCAUGAGUCCUCUUUCUCGUCAGUCUUCGAAUGAGCUCGCUCUCGAUACCGACCAACAAUUCGAUGAAAGUGCCUGGGAAACAUUUCUGCGUUCGUAUGAAGCCGAGCUCGAGCACUUACGCACUGAAACCUUGGUUCGCUUCAGGCACAUUGGCAAGUCUGUGGACAGACUUUGGCUGGAUCUUCGAUGCGAUGGUGUACAACCUGUAUCUGAGUCAACGGCUGCUGAAUUUGUCACCUGGUGGAANAAGAUGAGUGACAAGGAGCAGGAAUAUGAGAAAGAAGUCCAGAUGCUGGAAGUGCCACAACUUGAGUUGGUCAGUCUUCGACGUGUAUCACGGGGUCUGUCUACCUGA